UGAGGAUCUCCGCGAAACGCGUGACCGGAUGCGUGGCGAGGUAGAGGCGCUAAACAACGUUAUCGCCCGGAAGGAACGCAUGAUGGCUGAUGUGCUUGCACGAGCACGAACCGCCGAGGCAUCCGCUACUCAGAAUGCUUCUGAACGCAAAGAGCUCGAAGCGCGCGUUAAGAAAGCUGAGGCCGAUUCGCGCGGAGAAGUGGAGGUCGCGGCUGCAGCUCGCGCGAAGGCUGAGUCCGAGUGUAAUGCACUACGCGAUCUCGUACAUUCCAUGCGUGAGGCGUGGACGCGUGAGGCGGCCGCUCUUAGGGAAGAGGUGAAUUGCUCCCAAGCUCAGAUGCGCGAGGAGCGUGCAGCGGCUUCGAAGAAAUAUGAGGAGGCACUCGUGUUAGUUCGCGACCGAAGCGCCGAGUCUAGAGACGUGGCUGCCCUUAUUGAAGAGGUCCAGACCAAGAAUCGCGAGGCUCUUGAAGCCUACAGCGCCGAAGUACAGACGUUGCGCGCCGAUGCCGAGCGCAGCUCACGCGAAACCACUGAGGCACGAGAUAUGGCUAUAACGCUUUCGCAAGAGCUCGCUCGCCUUCGUCGCUUUGCGCGUCAGCCGCCGCGCGAAGACCUGGAUGCCAUAAUUGCUUCUGACCAGGAGGAGCUCAGUUGACAUCCAAGCCGUUACGUACAUUCCCACCUCCUCGUUCGCACCUCAACUUCCCGCUGGUUCAAGUUUAGAGCACGCGGGGCAGGCCGCGGAUGCACAGCGCUAAUCCCUGCAUUGCACUGCCCGCCAUCUGUAUCAUUUCCUGUAUGCAUUAUUUGUUUUGUG